AUGAAUGUCGUCUUAUCGUCGGUACUGGGACGUCAUACAUUAGCCUACUUAGAUGACGUUAUCAUUUACAGCCACAACUUCGACCAACACCUCCAAGAUCUAGACGAGACCUUGCAGUUGCUGUCAUUGGCCGGCCUGAAACUUAACAUGGACAAGUGCCAGUUUGCAGCCACAACCAUAGAUUUCCUCGGCUUCACGAUUUCCCCUGAUGGAGUCUCCCCUAACAAGGAUAAGGUUUUGGCUAUCUCUAACACCCCACCACCACGUACAGUUAGAGAAGUUCGUCGUUUCCUAGGAGCAACAGGAUUUUUCAGGAAACAUGUUCCAGGAUAUGCAACCUUAGCAUCACCAUUGCAUCUGUUGCUGAAAAAGGAUCAAGCUUGGACCUGGGGACCCGAACAACAAGCCGCGUUUGAAACUCUGAAAGAGAAGCUGACAUCUGCUCCAGUCUUACGCCAGCCUGACUUCUCCAAGGGAUUCGAACUUCACACUGAUGCCUCUAGUAUUGCACUGGGAAAGCUCCGUGAUGCAGAAACUCGCUAUCCAGCCAUCGACUUAGAAGCUCUAGCUGUUGUGGAAGGAGUCCGGACCUUCGAUUCCUAUCUUUAUGGAAGGCGCUUCACCGUGUACACCGACCACCGCCCCUUAGUGUAUGUGUUCAGCAGGAAGACCAAGUCUCCUAGGAUGACAAGAUUCGCCCAUGACUUGUCUUUCUAUGAUUUUAGCAUCAGGUACAAAGAGGGCCCCACCAAUAAAGUGCCAGACUUGCUCUCCAGACAAGUUGCAAAGCUGACAAUAACAGAGCUCUCUCCUGAAAGCCUUGCAGAAGAGCAGAAAGCAGAUCCUCAGCUUGCAGAGAUUUGCAGCAUCCAUCGAACAUUUCAAAAUGCAAGAUCAAUGUUCUACUGGCCAAACAUGCUGAAAGAUGUACGACAGUAUGUAGAAUGCUGCGAGAUUUGCCAACAAUCAAGAGGCGACAGGCAAAAGGUUCCUAUGGCUGAGACACCCCUUUCUAACUUUCCAUUGGAACGAGUCUCGAUGGACAUUAUGGACUUUGGGCCCAGCAUUCCCAUCCGCUGGGCGUUAUCCAUCAUAGACCAGCAUUCACGGUAUUUGCAGAUCAUACCUCUACGGAAAGUCACUGCUGUCGCUGUCCACCGAGCCUUUCUGGACCAUUGGGUAACCCUCUUCGGCCCUCCUAGGGUUAUCCAAACUGACAACGGAGUCCAAUUCACAAGCAACCUGUUUAAGGAACUCGCUAAACUGAUGCAUGCUACCAACCACUACACCAUUCGCUACCAUCCUCAAGCAAAUGGUUUGAUUGAGCGUACCAAUCGUGUGGUAAAGUCUGCCCUUACUUCUCUUGUCAAUGAUCGCCCACGAACCUGGCACCAGUUUGUUCCUGAGUUGCGGCUACAGAUCAACUCGGCUAUCCAUCGGACCACAGGGGAGCAACCCCUUUACAUGCUAACCGGCCGCCAUGCUAACUUCCAGAUUGGGCUCACCAAUGAAGCAGUUUUUGAUGAGAACGUGAAUCUUCAAGCACGUUUACGAGAGGCCCGCCAAGCAGCUGUGAAAGCCUCUAAGGAAGCACGACAGAUUUAUGGCAAGCAAUACAACAAAGGCAAGAAGGUGGAAUUUCAGCCGACUGAAGGUGCGUUGGUAUGGUACUUUGAACAUCGACACAAGAUGGGCGGUCUACCCCCUCUCACCAGAAAGUGGAGAGGUCCUGCCAGGAUCAUCAGACGUCUGGGUCCAGUUGCCUUUGAAAUUGAAGACCUCGAAACAGAAGAACUGUCGUAUGGCACGAGUGAUGAUGAUGACGAUGAUGGAGACAACGAUGAUGACGGUACAGAUGAUCCGAAUCCACCAAACCCAGAUGACCCUUGGGUUGCUGUGCUGACCUCUCUGGUGAUGGAGCCAGAGUUCGACGAUAGCGGUUGUGGUUCAUUGCGGGCUGCUGAGACACACGCCUCUAGAGAAAACCUGCACCCAGAUGAGCAGAUGGAGCACUGA